CAUGCCACGCGGGGCCCCGUUGCGAUGUCCGCCUGGCGACGCUGAGGGGCUCCGCUGCGGCUGAGCCGCCGCCUCUGGGUUAGCUCAUCCUCUCACGUUAUCUCUCUUCAUCGUCUCUGCUCUUCUUUCUUCCAUCAUCCGCUUCGUCGUCAUCGUCGUCUCCUCUCUGUGAGGCGGCACAGGCAGCGGGAUAAGCGAGAGCCCUCGGCGGUGGUAGAGGAGGAGGAGGCGGCGGCGGGACGAGAUGCGGGGUCCAGUGCUGAGUACAACAUACACACUGUAGUACAACAUACACACUGUAGUGCAACAUACACACUGUAGUACAACAUACACACUGUAGUACAACAUACACACUGUAGUACAACAUACACAACUCGCUGUACCCACUGUAGUACAACAUACACACUCGCUGUACCCACUGUAGUACAACAUACACACUGUAGUACAACAUACACAACUCGCUGUACCCACUGUAGUACAACAUACACACUCGCUAUACCUACCACUAUAGUACACGCUAUUCCCACGAUAGUAUACAAAUAUACACACGUGCACGCAUACUGAAAAAUAGCAUGCGCACAUAGCGUACAAUAUUACACGUGGACUAUAGGACAUACAUUUAAUAAAGUACACUACAGUGCAUUAUACACAGUUUUCACAAUUUAACACUGGUAUUCGCAUAUACAUAGUAAACAUUACACAAUACGCACAUGCUAAUUACUUAUACGCAUUUCAGCUUCCACAUUACACACGCACGCUAUACAACUUCCAAACACUAAAGACACUACACUAACAUUCUACACCCAUACUAAAUAUUCUACAUACCUGAUAGUCCACAUUUACAAGUACACUAUAGGCUACAGUACUCGCAAUAGUGUAGAGACCCUCACAACACUACAGUAUACACACAUCCUGUAUACAUACUAUAGCAGACCUAACCCACAUGAUAUAAGCAUUGCCAGAGAUACAAUUCGUAGUUCACAUUACACCUAGAUACUGCAGUGCACAUACCAUACUAUCUAUACAUUAUAAUAUACAUAUACUGCAGUAUACACACAAUAUAUAGUGGGGUAGUACACAGACUCGUAUAUUCACGCACUAACAGUCUACAGUAACUACAUACAGUCUAUAGUGACUAUACUAUACAAGCUAUACGGACUCGUUAACAUACGCUGGCUAUACAUAAUACACAGACAAUGCUGCCCAUACGUACGUGCUAGAUACACACGAGACACGCUGACGAUACCAUUCACGCUCAAAACCACAAUACCACGGGGAUAAUAACACGCAGCCACCACGCAUAUAUUAUACUACAGUCCACACAGCACAUAAGAACCACGUCGAACGAGAAACACGUCUCAAUAAUAACACAUUAUUCACACUCGGGGAGCGCCUUUAAUCACGUAAUGUUCAUCAACAGCAUCAUCAUCAUCGCUUGGUUCAAGGACUCGAUUUCCGAGUAAUCCCUAUUCGAGCUCUAGGGGGGGCUGGGACACUCCACAUCGAAAGCUCCUCGCCGUCGUCGUCGUCACCCUCCCCUUCUUUUGUGUUUAUUUUAUUUAGAGUUAUUUCUUUAUUUCUUACUCCGUUUCCCCGGACGAAAGGGGCGUGCGGCAAGCGAAGCAAAGCGGGUCAGACUUGGCAACAACGCGCUCGGCGUGCACAAAAAAAAGAAAGAAGAGGUGGAAAAGGGGGAGCCAGCGAGCCCAGCAAAAGUCUCGCGACAUCUUAAAAAGUGGAGGACGCUUCAAAAGCACGCGUUCUGUGCACACACACACACUUGGGAACCCGCACAACACACUCACGCACAACACACUCGUACAAUCUUACAUGUAGAAGAAUACGAGAAAGAAGGGCGACGUUUCGCGAAAGGUGCCCGGUGAAGUUUCGUAGGAUAGUAGGAGAGAAGAAGCCAAGCGAGGGCCCCCCACCACCACCAUCACACAGCAACGAUGACUUCGGCGCCGAAAUUUAAGAAGGAAAAGGACAUCAUGGCAGACUUUGAGACGCAAGUCAAAGAGAUCCGCCUGCAGCUGGUCGAGCAGCUCAAGUGCCUGGAGCAGCAGACAGAACUGCGGCAGCAGCUGCUGCAGGACUUCCAGGACUUCUUCCGCCGCCGCUCGGAGCUGGAGUUGGAGUACGCGCGGGGCCUGGACCGCCUGGCCGAGCGCUUCCUUGGCCGCGCCCGUGCCGCUCGCGAUCAUCCCCAACUCAGGCGCGAGCAGAGCGUGCUGUCACCCGUCAACUGCUGGUACCUGCUGCUGAACCAGACGCGGCGUGAGAGCCGAGACCACUCCGCCAUCAGCGACAUCUACCUCAACAACCUGGUCCUGCGCUUCAGCCAGAUAGGGGAAGAUUCCACGCGGCUCCUCAAGAAGAGCCGGGAGAUUGGCCAGCAAGUGCAAGAAGAGGUCCUGAAAGUGUUCACAGAUGUCAGCACGGCAAUGAAGACGUACCACAUGUACAACACGGAGAGCAUGAGCGCGGCGGGGAAGCUUCGCGAGGCUGAGCGCCAGGAAGAGAAGCAGAUGGGGAAGACGGGCGACACCGGCGCCGUCGGCCUGGGGCUGGCACGGCCCGAUGAGCGUGGGGCACGGCGCAGCUCUGUGCGCAAGAUUGAGAAGCUUAAGGAGAAGCGUCAGCAGAAGUACGCUGAGUGUAAGCUGAAGGCCACCAAGGCACGGAACGAGUACCUCCUCCACCUGGAGGCCACCAACUCGGCUCUGCACAAGUACUACGUGUACGACCUCUCCGACCUAAUCGACUGCUGUGACCUGGGCUACCAUGCGUGCCUCGCCCGCGCCCUCAAGACGUACGUUUCGGCCGAGCUGGGCCUGGAGGCAUCGCGACACACGGGCCUAGGUGCCGUGGAGCGCGCGGUGGAGGCCCUCGAUCCGCGCAGCGACAAGGCUCGCCUCAUGGAGAGCUACGACACCCUCUUCUGCCGCCCACUGCGCUUCGACUUCCAGCCGCACAUGGGGGACGAGACGAGUCAGAUCUGCGCUCAGUCGCCUCUGCAGUUUGAGCUCCUGCAGCGGUGUCAGCAGCUCAAGUGCCGCCUGGCGACGCUCCAGAUCGAGAAGGAGGAGAUCAAGAAGACGCAGGAGGCCACGCUGCAGGCCCUGAUGGACAUGCUCACGGCCGAGGACUAUGACGUAUCGGAGGCCUUCAAGCAUGGCCAGUCGACAGAGUCGCUGCGUGCCCCCGCGCCCUCCGAGGCCUACAUGUGCAAGUUCAACGUGGCCAAGCGUCGCGCAAACCAGCAGGAGACGGAGUCCUUCUACUUCUCUAAAUUCAAAGAGUACAUGGACAGGAGCAGCCUCAUCAACAAGCUGCAAACGAAGCAUGACCUACUGCAGAAAGGACUGGAUGAAAGUGAGAAGGCUGAAUGUAUGAACACUGGGCCAACUUCUGCCUCCAACACAGUGCAGAAAUUCAGGAAGCCUAGGCCGCGCUCAGUGUUUAACGUAAAACUGUUUAACGGUGAUUUGGAAACGUACAUACAGGAUUCAGGCCAGGCGAUCCCCAUUGUUGUGGAAAGCUGCAUUCGCUUCAUUAACCUUUACGGAUUACAGCAUCAAGGGAUAUUCAGAGUACCCGGCUCUCAAGUGGAAGUGAACGAGAUAAAGGCAUCAUUUGAAAGUGGAGAUGAUCCAUUGGAGGACGAGCAGAGCAGUCGCGAUAUAAACUCCGUUGCCGGGGUGCUCAAGCUCUACUUCCGCGGCAUGAAGACGCCGCUUUUCCCGAAGGAGAAGUUCCACGACCUCAUCUCCUGCGUCCAAAUCGAAAGCUCGUCGGAGCGAGCUGCCGGGAUCCGCAAAGUCAUUCAGACCCUGCCGCCUCCCGUCGUCGUGGUCAUGAGAUAUCUCUUCGCCUUUCUCAACCACCUCUCCCACUACAGCGACGAGAACAUGAUGGAUCCCUACAACCUGGCCGUGUGCUUUGGCCCCACGCUCAUGCAAGCGCCCGACGACCAAGACUUGGUGUCGUCUCAGACGCACGUCAACGAGCUCAUGAAGAGCGUCAUCCAGCAGCACGAGUUCAUCUUCCCCGGGCAGCGCGACCUCCCGGGUCCCAUCUACGAGAAGUGCAUGACGGGCGAAGAUUACUGUGAUGGGCUGCCCUGUGGCUCCACGCUGCCGGAGGAGGUGGACGUUGACACUGGCACAGAGCCUCGCUCCAGCGAUGAUGAGUCUGAGCCGAUCGAGGCUAUUGCCAAGUUUGACUAUGUGGGGCGAUCGGCGCGCGAGCUCACCUUCAAGAAGGGCUCGUCGCUGCUGCUGUACCAGCGCGCGUCCGAAGACUGGUGGGAGGGGCGGCACAACGGUGUGGACGGCCUCAUCCCACACCAGUACAUCGUGGUGCAGGACACUGAAGACACGCUGUCCGACAGCUUGAGCCAGAAGGGAGACAGCGAGGCGAGCAGCGGCCCCCUCCUGGAUGAGAAGACGUCCUCCAAGCACGACAUUCACUCCCCCACCGAGCAGCUGCACGAGCCGCAGUUUGAACGGCAUCGGUUGCGCGCGGAGGGCGCGGCGCUGAACAUGCGCGACCCGGCCCGGCGUAGCAGCGACGGCCGCAGCCCCGUGCGUGGCCCUCCCCCUCCGUCCGCGGACGCCACCCCGUCACGGCCGCCCUCCUCCGCGGCGAGCCCUCACCACCACCCCUCGCACCUGCCACACCACCAGCACCACCUGCAGCAGCCGAGGGUGGGCAGCGUGCGGGCGGCCGUGGCAGCGGCCACGCAGGCGCAAGGCAGCCCGGAGCGGAGGAGGUUGGGCAGCACGGGUAGCGGUGGUGGCGGCGGUGGCAGCAGUGGCGUUGUGGGUGGCGGAUUCCCGCAGAGAUUGGCCGCGCCGCCCGAAAGCCCCACGGGGCGAAGUUCAACGUCAUCGAGUCGACAUAGCAGCCUCGACGAGCCCAAGAUCACUCACGCCGAGGAGAUGGACGACUCUGUGAACUCGGCGCUCAGCGACCUCCGUGAGCUGCAGAGGCAGAGCUCGGCGCGGCACACGCCAGAUGUGGUACUGGACACGCUGGAUACUCUCAAACCACCGCCAGGUCCCGCGGCACCCAUCCCUGGCAGCCCCUCGCACCGCCUCGGCGUUCCCGCAGCCCCGCCGGGGCCAUCCGUACGCCGCAGCGCGAGCAGCGCCAGCGAGAUCAUGACCACCUUCCGCCCACUCCUGGAAGCAAAACUGAGCUCGCAGUUGAAGUCUCAACAGCAGCAACAGCAGCAGCAGCUGGGAGCAAGGCCGAGGCAGGGAGGUGGGGCUGCAGGGCAGCCUAGGCCAGCAGCGCCUGGCACGCCCGACAAGUCGUGCACUAUGUGAGGCGCCCCGAUUGUCUCAUGCCCGCCUCUAAUCGGUGCAUUGGUACGUGCAGCCGCCGGCCGGCGGAUAGCCAUGGAGUUGUCGGUGCAUCAUGUACUAUCGUAACAACGUGCCGUGUUGUUGAUAUAGGUGCCGCUCACCACCGGUGAAAAGCACAUUGUUCCUUCCUGUACGGCUUCACUUGAUGCGUCCUCUGUUUCCUGUUAUUGUCACCGCCUCCUCCUACCUUUUCCGUAGUUGUACAUCCCAGUGUAUUCCUUUCAGUCAGUCCUUAAAAACCGCACCCAUGGGACCAUAUACUAAAUCAAGGUGAACAAAAAUAUUACGAAUAUUACAUUUCGUUUUGAGUUAAAUAUCCCACUGGAACAUACAAUUAAUAUUCACCAAUUUGGAUGUACAUUUGAGGAUUAAAUGAGCGAAAUAUUAUUAAUGCAUAACAUUUCCAAAAUACCCAUACGACAUGGUUGCCAAUUCUGUUAAAGGGUCUGCAUUGAGUCACAUGUUGUAAUAUCCGGAUUGCGCAACGUAUGGACCCCCGCUUCAGCUUUGCAAUCUCGCUCCACGUAAUGUGGUCGUAAUAGGUCACACGUUGAGAGGCUCACGAAAAAAGCCUGGACACACAUUGUGAGCUGUUUGCCAGAGUCCGAGUUUUUGUUUCGCAAGAUCCUUAGUGAAGUUGGGGGCUUUCGUUUAAUAGCUUUGAAAAAUCACACGGGAAUGUCGUAUUCUCUUGCGAUAGGAAACAAGUCGUUAAGCACUUGAUGGAUCUGACCUUUGUCGUCCACAUAGAGAUAGGGUUGCCCUUUAAAGCUUUGGCUACCUUUUCAUGAUUUUGCAGCAUAGUUGAAGUCACACUUGUGCUUGUUGGUUUUCUGUCUACCUGGCUUGUGUGUGGAGCUUAAAAUACUCUUUAAUGCAGUAUUUCUUAGACAUUUUUAAUGUUUACAGAACGGCAUAUUUACCUAUAAAAACAUUGCAUUGUUUGCUAGAAUUAUUCUAUUGUCACUUAUGAAAAACGUUAUUGUGACCAUCAUAGAUGUAUUUAAAUGUUCAUUCUCUUAAUGUAUAUGUAUAGCAGUAAAUCGUAUCAAACACCUGACUUAAACAUAACCAAUAAUAUCCAGGUGAAGGCUUCUCCACUUAACCUACCAUCUUAAAAAAUAUCUUUAAAAAACCCAUUCACAUCCUGCACGUUUACAUUUCGAGAAUCGAGACAAAUUUACCGACAAUAUUUUUGUGGAAAAAUUAAAUGCACUUAAUAAUCCACUCCGUUAAAACCUGCGUUGUGCGACAGUACUCUUGUUUGAUUAUAACCAGUUUUUUUGUAUUUAAUUAACAUUUAAUAAACACAUUUUGUGGUAGAGAUAAGCAUUAUCAAUUAUUGUUUAGGAUGAUUGGGUUGGGGGGGGGGUAAAUACCAGUUAUUUUAUUAUUUAAAGACAUUUUCAUUAUGGAGGUUGCCACAUCAAAAAAAAAUGUCGUUAGAAUAAUAGUUCUUUAUUUAGCCAGUACAUUCUCAAGUCAAUCUCAAGACUUGGAUUUCAGAAGGUCCCUUGCUUUGGCACGGUUGACCAUUCGUCUGCAUUUAGCCAAGCGUGCCGUCAGAAGGUGGGGGCGGACCUGCAGCUGGACUGCAAUAUCAGAUGUCUGCGUUUUCCUGACGAGAGCUGGAACCUCGAGCAAUUCCAGUUAGGCGAGUUGCUCGGCUUGCAAUUGCAUAGGUUGACCACGGAAAACACCACUCGGCUCACUGAUACGUCAGAGCCAUGCAGAAACAUCACAGCUUGAGCCUGUCUGUUGAAGUUAAUGGCGUUGUACUGUAUUAGUGUAUCACACACUUUGUUGAAACGUUGUUUAAACUGAGCGAUUACCAGUUUUCGUAACAUUUGGAUACAGCUGUUGCGUUCAGCCACAGAAAUGCUAUUGUUAUUAAUAUAAUUUGUAAAUGUUUUCUUGCAUGUUUGUAUUGUUUAUCAAAAUAUGGUAGGCGCAAACUCUGUACGUUUGUAUUGAAUCCUUAAUUUCAAACUUUCUGUAAGUUACAAAUGCUUUAGUGCGAGAGCAUUUGAAAAGCCGAUGCAUUGGCAAUUUGUUUUGUUACCCUAUGCUAUUUUUGACUACUGUCCUCUAUCAAACGCUGUAAGAUUCCAUCGCACGUGCCUACACCUUAAACUUUAUGCAGCGAGGCUAUGGAAUUAUAGCGUGAUGGUGUACAUUUUCGAAUCGUACUAACGUACCGCACUGCCUGUUCUAACGUUGACAUUAAAUGAUGGAUAGGUUAAACUACUGAUUGUUCACUGCAGUGUCAAGUCCAGUGCUAUCUCCACCGUUGAGCCCAACUUGUUAACUUUAAAACCCUCUCACUAUUUACAUAGUUAAUGCUAGUACUUUCUACCAAAGCUCCAUAUAAUACAUUUGCGUAAUCUAUAUUUGUGGGGGGUUUUGGUGAGUGCGUUUCACCUGCUUCUCCAUCAUUUUGACGUACAAAACAAUGGACACACGGCGUGCCCGCAAAUGCGGUUGUGCGUGUUGAAGUCUUAAAAAGCCGUAGUCAGCGAAAGCACAGGGCAUUGACCUUGGGUCCGUGGCUCGCUGGGACAAGCGGUGAGCCACAGAUGUUUCAUCGUAUGCACAGAGAUGUAAAAUUAAUUUGCGCGACAGGGGGUGGAGUGGGGGGGGGGUAUUUAUUAACCUCUGCGGAAGUUUCUCUUCCGACACCACUCGCCUUUGAGCGCUGAGACUGUCAAUGCUAAAUGUUGGCAAAAUGGGACCAGAAAUAAUCAAUUGUUCGUGCCAAGAAGAAUAAGAAAAACAGAGGGACCAUAGAAAUGUACACCGGUUUUGCUUAACUUUUGUAAGGCAAAUGAUUCGAAGAUUCUUAAGAAUGUCGAAUGUUAAAUAAUUCUAAAUGUACAAUAUAUCGUAACUGAAGCAAUUUAAUGGAGGUGUACCCAUAGAUAUUCCGUUUGCAUCACGAUGUAUUAAGUGCAUAUACUUUGGGCAUUUGGUGUUACUAUUGUAUCAAUGUAGCCAACAGUUUCGGUGCAACACGAUCCUACUGUAGGAAUUUUUGGUUAAAUAUUAAGCCCUCACCUUGUCUGCAGGUUUUGUUCGCUGUGGGGAGGGGCCUGUAAUGUGGCUGUGUGUAUGGCACCUGCAUGAACCACACUUGGUCAAGUGGAAGCCCACAUGUCCCUUGCAAUUGAAAUAUCAUUACCGAUGUCUCGGGCAGAGGGGACAAAAAAAUGCAUUGCAGGGUGUAAAAAUGUUUGCAUCCAAGCUUGCAUACAAAAUGAUUGCCCCGCAUUGCCAGUGUGUACAGACAUAAUAAGUUAAAUGUACCAUUUCCAUAGGCAGCCGAUUUCAUUGCAGGAUUUUCGUCAUGUAUGCCUCUACCAUGCCCUUUCCACUCUCACGGCUGAAAAUGCACCCCCACCCCCCUGAAAUACCUGUUGUGGUGCUCGAGUGUGUGAAGAGUUUAUCAUGAUCAACAUCUGUAGCUGGAACGUAUGCCAACAUCUGACAAAGGGCACUGUUUUGUAAACCAAUAUGAUAUACCCAAACACCCCACGAUUCUUAGCCAUGCGCUUUGUAAAAGCGUAUGUGGUUGAAUAUAAGGUAUAACCUGUAUAUAUGUUUAGUUACACUUUGUUUACCUUUGAAUACGGUGAAAAGGCAUGACUUGAGAUGGUUUCUGUAAAGUAUUAUUUUCUUUGUUGGUCAUCAAGAGUACGUGCAGUGCUUAAGAUGUCACAAAUCUGUGUUGAGUGUUACGUUCUAAUGAAUUUUUGCAGCUAGCCAUUUAACCUGGGGGUUUUUUGUUCUGUUUUCUUUAUUCAUGGAGAUGUCUGUUCGUUAUUAAUGAUAGCAGUCAAUCACAGUAGCAGAAAUGUCCUUUCCAUUGUUAAUAAUGGAUGCUGUGUUGGUGUUGCAAGUGCUGUGGUUUAGGUUUGGUAAAUUGAGACGGGUGACGAUUAGCAGAGUGACCAGCAUUCCCUAAUUAGACGUGCGAUAUAGCAAGCCAAAUUGGCUUGCUAUGUGUAAUUAUUUCUGCAUGGGUGGGUUAGAAACUGUGUGUUUAUGCACUGUCUGAUACAUACACUGAGUGCAAACAUCACCAACACGUACCUUUGCAUCGUAUGGCAACAGUGUAAAUAAAAUAAUGCAAUACUACUUG